AUGGAUAGAACCAGCAGCCAGCUGCAGCGCAAAAAGCGCCGAGAAUCGAAACGAAAAUCAAACGACAAGAAAAAAACCAAAUCGAGCAAGUCGGAUGAAAGCCUGCAUCCUAGCUACACGAAUCUGCAACCACCCUAUUCCGCCAUUUGUCGCCAGCGUUAUCACGCCAAUAAUUGUCUGUACGAGAAGCAGUUCAAUCACGAGCUUAAGAUGCUUGAAUUGAUGCAGAAUUCCGCAUACGAUUCGAUGCGUUUCCAUCGGCAUUUUGCUAUUACCACGCUAUGGCCACCGUUACAUACGCGCAAGGAGAUCGAAUACGUGCUAAAUAACUUUUUCCGCCAUUCGGAACGUCAAACACGUCGCUUGCACGAAAUCAUGAAGGGUCCUGUGUACUAG